AAGUUGACUUAAGGUAAGUAAUAUUUUUAAAUGCAAAAUAAAAUUUUAUAAGUCGUCUGUUGUCAAGUGUCAAAUAAAAAAUAAUUUUUGAAAAAUGCGGGCGAAAAAAUCGAAUCCAAAUCUUGGCAAACACAUUUGUACCUUAGAUAAUACAAUCGCCGAGGCAUUUAGACCCGAAUCCUACCUAACCUCAUUCAAACGCACGCUUGAGAUAUGGAAAAGUAACCCGAAUGUAAAAUAUUUCUACCUUAGCCCCAUUCAAAUUGAAAAAGAAAGAAAAGGAUUCAAAGAAAUUAAAUGUUCUUGGUUAAUAAUUCAUCCAUUUAGUUUUUUCAGAUUUGUCGCUAAUAUUGUUCACAUGAUUAUUAUGUUCCUUGGAUUUUUCAUCAUCCCACUAAACUUAAUCUAUGGCCCAAUGAAAAACUCAAGAAUAGUCCGUGUAGGCCUAAAUCAAAUAACAGAAUACUUAGAAACAUUCUUUGAUGCUAUGUAUUUACUCGAUUUUUGCACAUUAUUGAUAACUGGUUUUGCUGAUACGAAGAAUCGAAAAGUCUACUUGACUCACAAGCAAAUCAUACGCAAUUUGACAUCGUCAAAAGAAUUUUACAUAGAUUUAGUAUCACUUUUAAGUUUUAUUCCGUUUGUGAAACUUUACAUGGCUUUCGUUCGUCCGGAAGAGAACAUAUCAUGGAUCAUAUACAUCAAAGUGCUAACGCUGCUGAAAUACUUUCGUUUGAGACGAUUAUUGUUUUAUUUCAAAAUCGUCACUCAGUAUAAUAACGAAUUUUACUUCACGGCGGCUGUGAUUAAAGUCGUAUCACUUUGUAUGAUAUUUAUACACUUAUUUACUUGUUUCUAUAUUAUGUUGGAGCAAUAUUUGAUGGUUUACGCUAACGGAUUUGAGGAUGAUAUGACCGUGAGCACUUUUAGCUAUUCUUUGGUCCUGCUUGAGCCUUAUCUUGACAUGUAUCUUACUCAACUUUAUUUAGUUUUGUCUUAUUUGUUAUGUAUUACAAGAAUUAAAAAGUAUACUAUUAUUCAUAAUCUUCAAGUGAUAUGGAUUUUUGAUGCUUGGUCAUUUAUUGUAUUGUCUACAGUAGGCAUUAUUGUAAGCAGUAUCAUACUAAUUUUGGGUGUUCAAAUGAUUGUCCUGCUGAAUUCAUCAGAGAUAAAAUAUUACGGUGUGAUUAACCAGUUGAAGCACUACAUGAAGAUCAUGGGUUUUCCAAAAUCUAUGUGCAGGCGAAUGUUGGUUUACUAUGACUAUCGCUUUCAGAAAUCUUAUUAUCGAGAAUCAGUCAUUCAAGCUCAUCUUUCUAAAGGAUUGCUACUUGAUAUUAAUUUGCAUUCAUGUCGUUCGCUUAUUGAUGUAGUGCCGAUACUAAAUGAGCUUCCAAGGGAAAGUCUCAACGAAAUAGUCAGACAUUUAAAAUACCAAGUUUUUCUUUAUAAUGAUACCAUUAUUCAAGCUGGUGCUCUGGAUAAUUGCAUGUAUUUUAUUUCAAGAGGUACUGUUGCGAUUACAACACCAACUGGCCGCGAGAUUUGUCAUUUGCAAGAUGGCGCAUAUUUUGGUGAGAUAGCUCUGAUUUUAUCUGAUCAAAAACGCGCGGCGAAUGUGACUGCGAUUGAGAUUUGUGAAGUUUAUAAACUGGAACGCAGCGCAUUUUUAAGUUGUUUCGAAGAUACGUCACAGUUUUAUAAGAAAAUUGAACAAACCGCACAUGAGAGACGCGAAAAAACUGAGUUGUUAGAAGAGUUGCACCGGAAGUAUAUGUUGGAUCGUACAACGAAACGACGAUUUCGCGGGGCUACAUCAGGACUGGGUGAUAAGAAAUAUAUAGUCGCUGGGACACAUACUGAUCAUUAUGAUCUACACGCUAGUAGAUUCAGAAUAUAAAAUUCUUGGGCAAGAAUUGUGAACUCAAAAGUUACAGAUUUAAAAAGAGUAAACAUAACCUAAAAUGUUAUCUACCUAAUAGAAAAUAUGUUUAACAAAUAUUUUAAUAUUAUUGAUUUGGAACCUGAAACAAUAAAAUCUGCACAAGACGAAAAUUGUGGUGACCAUCCUCGGCAGGCAGUAAAUAAAUGUCCCUACCUAAAUAAAAUAUUGCACUAAAAGAAAAAUAAAUUGAAGCGUUGAAUCAGGUCCUCUCCAAAGAAAACAGCCUCCCUCAUAAUUGGCCCUUUGGUACCUAAUGAAGACUACCCAAACCUAGAUUCCCAGAAAGAAAAUGUACUCACUACUUAAAGACAUCCGGCGUUUCUAGCAAUGCUGGGUGGACUAUCCCUGAACCAAGGACCUAGCCCCGAGUGUGUCUCCCCUUCGGCUGUCACAUACGCAGCAAAAUGCUUUGCGCAUCCGCCAGUCAGAGGCACUCGUGACUACCCUCCGGUCCAGGUCAUCACCACACCUACCUUACAUCCGGCUCCUAGAAACUGGGAUCCUACGACUAGUUUCUCAGGAGGAAGCGUCGAUAUUAUCCAAACUUGAGUUCAAACGCUGGUAGGUUGCUUGUAGUAGACUCACCCUCAUCUACCCUCGUGGAAUUGGAAUUGGAAUGUCUUUGAUGGUCACUAGUGUUUAACAGACACUUUAAGAGCGAGAGACGGAUUAGUAUUACGCGAUACUGAUUCGGAUUUUUGUUACUAUACGCGGCAC